UGGGUUAAAAAGAAAACUUAACAAAAGAGCAUCAACGUCAUAAGUGAAAUUUUAGUGUCAAAAUUAUGAGUGUUUAUUGAAUAGGUAUAAUAAAUUUUACAUACCUUUCGAACCAAUGUAGUUUUUCCUCGACAGUAUGCCUCAGACCGUGUAAGGUGGUCUCCUUGCAGAAAUCUACGUACACACUGUAGGCUGCCGACAUGGACAAUUUUAUUGAUGCUGUCGUCGACUUCAUACGAGUCAGGCAGUUGAACAUUGCGGUGGCGGUGGUGCUGACGGUAAUGUACCUGCUGUAUCAGUACUGGGGUGUGCUGUACAAGUGGCAGGAGGACGAGCAUUGUCGUCAUGCCAGGCUUUCCCGCUCACGCUCCAGGUCCUGCUCGCGGUCUCGUUCGCGCUCGGGCGAGCACCACUACAAGACGAUGGACUCGAAACACGGCCGCCGCAGCAGGAAGAUGCAAAGGCGCUGUCCGGACUGCAGCAUGUGCCACGUUGAGCAGUAGCGAUGGAAAGCGACCAAGCAAAUAAAAUAGUUUUGAUACCACGUGGA